CGACACGGUCUUCCGCCUUCCCAUGAUCAUAAUACUUCCAUGAAGGGACUAGCGAUAUACAUGCUGCACUCCUGAGUUUGUUGCCAAGCGUCUGUCGCACAGAUCAACGAUCAUGGCAGACGAGAGCCAGAGCAUCUCUCGUCGUCUCUGUAUUUCUCAUUUCUUGUCCGCGUGGAACUCUAGAACAUUUGAAUUUGGCGCCGUGCUCUUCCUCGCGACUGUGUAUCCCGGGACUCUGUUCUACGCCUCGAUCUAUGCCUUGGUUCGAAGCGCCUUUGCCACGCUUUUCUCGUCGCGCCUGGGCGCAUACGUCGACAAGGAGAACCGGCUGAUCUCGAUCAGGCAUAGUAUUGUCUGGCAAAGAGUAUCGGUGAUUGCCUCCUGUGCUCUAAUUUUCGUCCUUCUCAUUCUUGACGGCAAAGGGGUUCUCUCUUGGCUUUGCUUUGGCCUCACGAUCGCGCUCGCCUGCGUGGAGAAGCUGGCAAGCAUUGGCAACACGGUAGCUGUGGAAAGAGACUGGGUCGUGGUCGUCUGUGACAAUACUAGCAUUGACCGUGGAGUGCUCAACGCAACCUUGAGAAGGAUCGACCUGUUCUGCAAGCUGGUGGCACCUGUUUUCAUCUCUUUUAUCGACGCGUAUGGGACCAAGUAUGCCGUUGGAGUCGUGCUCGGGCUCAGCGGUUGCAGUAUCGGCAUAGAGUAUCUUGCAAUUGCCCAAGUCUACCACGCCGUGCCCGCGCUGAGCACGAGAUGCCGAGGGCCCCCAGUUGAGUCGACAAUCGUCGACGACUUGAAUGAGGUCGGAAUUGAAGCAAGUCAAGUUGAAAUAGGUGGUAGUCAAAGUCCGAUUUCAAAUGCCAUACGUCCCUGGAUAGUUUAUGCGAGUAGUCCCGUCUUUCUGGCGUCCGCUUCGCUCUCAUUGCUGUAUCUCACGGUCCUUUCGACGAACUUGCACUGGCAAACCUACAUGCUUGCAAUAUCCUACAAGCCACUCACCGUUUCCUUCUUCCGUGUUCUGGCGGUUGCUUCGGAGCUCGCUGCCACCUGGGUGGCUCCUCUGCUCAUGAACCAUAUCGGACCUAUCCGCAGCGGUCUCUGGUCCAUCAACUGGCAAGUGCUCUCCUUAGCGCCAGCCAUAGUUGUCUUCAGCCAGCUCCGAGACUCACAAGCACAUGUCGGCGGAGCAACACUCACAGCGGGGAUCAUCGCGAGUCGUCUUGGGCUUUGGAGUUUCGAUCUGAGCGUGCAAUACCUUGUGCAAGACCGCAGUCCGUCCGAAGCACGAGCGGCAUUCUCUUCCUGCGAAGUCGCCUUGCAGAACCUGUUCGAACUGCUCAGUUUCUUAGCGACGAUUGUCUUUCCUGAUCCACGCCAAUUCAUCUACCCGGUCCUUAUCAGUUACGGUGCAGUUUCGAUGGCUGCGGUGUGUUUUGCCGCGUUUGUUAGGAAGGAGAGGGGACAUUUGCUACACGCAAGUCGAUGCAUGGGAGGGGAUAAGAAGAGAGGAAAAUAUACACCCAUACAUCUGGUUGAGCCUUCAGAGUUGGAAGAGCAAGCGGAGCGCAGGGUUCAGUCAGAAUUGACACAUGCAGAUACAUUUUCUACAAACUAGCGUCACGAAUUUACGCCGCAAGAGGC